AUGGCAUUCGUCGGGUCUGCCAGCGGGAUCCUUGUCCACCGUUCUUUGACAUUGGUGUGCGGGGUUUUGGCUAUCCUUUGCCUCUUUCUCCUUGCUACAUGUUUAUACAAUCUCUUUUUACACCCUUUGAAGAAAGUACCUGGCCCUCCGUUGGCAAGAGUAUCACGGCUUUGGAGCAGAAUUGGAAAUUUCCAGGGCCGCAAGUCCCAGAGAAUCCAUGACGCUCAUGUGAAAUAUGGCCCUGUCGUACGUGUUGGCCCGAAUGAGUUAUCGUUCUCAGACCCAGGGGCGGUGCGGGAUAUUUACACUUCGGACGUUUUUGUGAAGGAGGAGACCUUCUAUCGAGCGAAGCGGAUAUUCCGUGAAAAUCAUCUUUUCAGCUUCAGGGAUCCAGAAGCUCACAAACAACGACGCAAACUUCUAUCUCGGGGAUUUUCUCAGGCUGCGAUGUUGGAUUUUGAACCAAUCAUAUCCAACAAGAUUCAAGAGAUGUUGGAUCAGUGGGCCGUAUACUCCAAACAGGGACCGGUGAAUGUCUUCCCCUGGGCCCAUUGGCUUGGAUUUGACAUCGUGUAUAACUUGAUGUUCGACGAAGAUCCUGGCUCGAUCAAAGCUGGCCAACCUCACGAGGUCAUGCCGUACCUUCGUGCGUGGAGACCUACGUUCAUAUACAAAGAAUUCAUGCCUCAGCUGGAGCAAUGGGGGCCGUAUGUCCCGGGCCAUGUGGGGAGCUACUUCCGCGACGUCCAAGCGUGGAAAAGAUAUGCUGUUGGAAUCAUUCAGCAAUGUCGAAGAAGAGGGACAAACACCCCAUUUCUUCGAAGUGUCUUGGGAGGUGAAAAGGAUGCGUUCCUUGGACGAACCUUGACAGACUCCGAGCUCGCCGAAGAGUGCAUGGGCGGAAUGUUUGGAGGCAGCGGAACAACAGCAAACACCCUGGUAUACGUUUUGUGGGCCUGCUUACGGAAGCCAGAAGUUGUGGCCAAGCUCAGGACCGAAUUGAAAGAAGCAUUCCCAGAUACCCACACGGUACCCAAAUAUCGGGCUUGCAGCAGCCUGCCUUAUCUGCAAGCAGUGAUCUCAGAGACACUUCGUCGGUAUCCCACAAUCAUUGCAACACUACCACGGACGGCAAAGGAGGACACCAUGGUUCUGGGUAUGAAGAUCCCCAAAGGAACAAUUGUUGGCACCCAAAAUUACACCAUUCACCGUUAUGAGCCUGCUUUCCCAAACCCCGAGAAGUUUCAACCCGAGCGCUGGCUGGGAAAGGAAGGAGAACAACUCAGAAAAGAAGCCUGGACUCCGUUCUCGGUUGGACCACGGAAAUGCAUUGGGAUCAAUCUCGCUCAGAUGGAGCUGAGCAAAGUCGUGGCCGCAUUCUUCCUCCGAUUCGACGGUUCUACAGACGCAAGCAUGAAAGAAGAAGAGAUGAGGAUGUAUGACACCUUCAAUGCCGGACCUGCAGGGGCGAAGUUAUUACUCAAUCUGGUGGAGCUUCAACAGUGA